AUGUCCAAGUUUGAUAAAAGUGUGUGUGAGUGGAUCGCCUCCUCCUCAAUCAAUCGUGCAAGCAAGCAGGAAAUUCUCGAACGGGUUAAAUCUACCAUUGACGAGUACAAGAAGCUGGAUGAGCGAAGCCAUCACUACAGCAAUACAGUCAACGACGACAAUGAGAAAAAUAAAAGCACCAACAACCGUAAUUCCCGUAAAAGUGCUACACAGACACCUCCAUUAGGGAAAAAAUCAACUUUACGUUCUUCGAAAAAGAAUGAAGAAGGAAAGAUGGUGGAUUACGGUUUUACAGAGGUGGUGGAUGAUGUUCUGCACAAGUUGGAGCGUGAGAGUAUGCCUCCUCUACCUCCACGUCGUCCAUCCACUAAAAUGAAUGAAAGCCAGAAUGAAAUCCACUCGGUGAAUUCCGCACCACAAGGUAAUGAGGAACCAAAAAAUACUCAAGAUAUUAUUUCAGAAUCACAACAAGAGCAUCAUGAAGAAAAUGUGAGCUGUCUUAGCGAUGAUCAACCGCACAGUGAAAAAAAUAGAUCGGUUUCAAGUGAUUUGGAAGCUAUGCAAAAUAGAUUUGCAACAUUUAAAUUUGGAAAGGCCGAAACAGAAAGUCAACCAUCAGCUGUAGUGGAAACUAACCAUUUUGAAGAUGCUGCUGCUGCCCGUCGUAAUAGUGAAGAUGAAAUUAUCGCAGAAGGUGAAGAUGCACGUUUACGACUUCUUCAACAGAAGCGUUCUUCUCGACCUGGUAUUUCAGCUUUAAGUAUUGAUGCCGAUGAAAUUAUGUCUACAGAAUUUUUGGCUACACCAAAAUCAAGUGAAGAUAUGGCUUUCAUUAAAAAAGUAUUGGAAUCUCAUUUCCUUUUUUCAUUCUUGGAUGAUGCAGAGAUCUCAAUGUUAACUAUGGUAAUGGACACAACAGACAUUCCAGAGGGUACCAAGAUUAUUAGCAGGGAUGAAACUGGUGAUACCUUUUAUAUUGUUCUAAGUGGAGAAGCAAAGAUGACCAUGUACGAAAAAGAGGAAGAAGAAGAAGAAGAAGAACGCACAAAAACUAUAGAUUUACAAAGAGGUGCAGUUUUUGGUGAUCUUCAACUUUUGUAUGAAGUUAAAAGUGAAGUAACUGUGGAGGCUAUGACACCUAUGGUUUGUGCCACCAUAAAAAGAAAAACGUACAAAAUUAUUCUUUCUCGAUCAGCCGAAGAAAAGCGUAAACGUUACGUUUCCUUCCUUGAAAAGGUACCCUUCCUUAAGGAUUUAACCCCAGAUGAGCGUUCAAAGAUGGCAGAGGCCUUGAAGAAUGAUCACUUUACUCAGGGUGAUAAAAUUAUCCGAUAUGGUGAAAAGGGUGAUUGGCUGCAUAUUAUUGUAGAAGGCACUGCGGAUGUUAUUGGAAGAAAUGAAGCCGGUGAGGAAGAGUAUGUUGCCACUUUCCAUGAGGGUGAUUGUGCGGGUGAUUUGGAGUUCCUCUUUCAUCACGAAACCGUGGCGGAUAUCGUUGUCAGCAGCCCAACUGUGAAAACCGCAAAGUUGAGUCGACGUCAUUUUGAGAAACUCAUCGGAACAGCGAAGGAGUUGCUGCAGCGAAAGGCAGAGGAGGACGCAUCUUAUCAGUACUACCGCCGCACGAUGGGCAGCGCAUCACCCCCACGGGAGGACCUCGCCCCACCAUUUGAUCAACCCCCAGAGUACGUGACAAAGAGCAAACUACACCUCGAAUACUAA